UCGAUGCUCGCUUUUGUACUAGCGUCCUGAUUCCCGUAAUGGAAACAGAAAGGAGUGACAAGUUGUUGCAAGAAAAAGCAAGAAAGCAACUUGCAAAAGAUCUUAAGCCGAUUGAAAAGCUCAGAUAUCAGUGUCUUUUACGUGGUGCAUCCGGGAUAGCUGGUAUAGGAAGACAAUUUCGAAUUAUUGAUGAUGACGGAAACAAAAAGCUUGAUUUCAAGGAAUUUUCGAAGGGGUGCAGAGACUUCGGUGUGGAUCUGUCCAAGGAUGAAAUUAAAGAGAUUUUUGAUGAAAUCGACACAGAUCAGAGUGGAUUUAUUGAUUUUGAUGAGUUUCUAAUGUCUUUAAGAGUAAGAAUUGGUUAUUUGUUAAAGUGUAAGCCUCCUAUGAGCAAAUGUAGACUUGACGUUCUGAACAAAGCAUUUCUGAAAAUGGAUAAGACGAAAGAUGGUGCAAUAACUAUUGAAGAUUUAAAAGGCGUAUAUAAUGUAAAAAACCAUCCAAAGUUUAUAAAUGGAGAAAAAACUGAAGAUGAAAUUUUAGUUGAAUUUUUAAAAACAUUUCAACCACAAAACAAUGCUGAUGAAGUUGUAAGCAGUUUUAAGCAUAUGAUUUUAUUUUUCUAUGGACAUGAGUAUUUUUGACAUUCACUCAUUUUUUUCAAAUCUUACGAUAUUGUUUUCUGACCACAUCAUGAACAGAAAUUCUGAAUAUUUCUUGUCAGUAAUUUUACUACUGUUUUUAAUUUCAUCUGUCGCUAUCGCUAUAAUUUUGAAUCCUUUCCUUAAUGCUAAAAAAACUACAGUUGCUUUAAUCUAACAUUUACAGAUGUAAUUUUUAAAGUAAAAAAAUGCAUAGUUUCAGUUAAACAUUAAGUUAUCUCAAAAUAGCGAUCAGAAAUAUGAUGCAAAAAGCU